AUGAUGAUUCUUGUACGGACAACUAGUUUGUCAUCAGGGCCCUCUAGCCGCAUUACAGAACUAGGCCGUAGCGCACCAACAUACUUGACGUUUCCGCAUAGGUCACCAACAUAUGCAAGUCUUACGUUCUUCCAAAUUCGCAUGAGUUAUCCGAAAACAAUGAAUCAAAUAACCUUAACAAGGGCGCGCAGUUUCGUCGCGAUGGAUCCUGUGAUAAUCGAGGAUGUCGCUAAUUCUUUCGCCAAGUUGCGCAUGUACCCCUACUUCGAUGUGUGUAACUAUAUACUCAUGAGUAUGGCAGUCAAGGAAGAUACACCACAAUCAGGCUCGACAGCUUUUUCUAGACGUCACCCGUUCUCAUGUUGGCUAGCUACGAUGUUGAUGUGUUUCGGCGGGGCCAUCCUGUCCAGCUUCAUAUGCGGGGAGCCCUUGUUUAUGUGUUUUGAUGACACACGUGGUGUUCUUACGGCCACAGUCGUAUGGUAUCUUAUCAAUUACUUCCCGUUUGACCUGGUUUACCGCCUCUGCAAAUUUCUGCCUUUUCGGUUGAUUAUAUGCUCACUGAAGGAGAUACAACGGGCCAGGAAAAUCGCAAUAGGCGUUCACCACGGGUUACAUCAAUUUCCCGAAUCUGGCGUGACUUGUGUCUUACUCGGACUUCUCAAAGGUGCUGGCUAUCUUGAGAUGAAACUUUUUCAGCGUCUCGUACGUGGUGUUUGGCUACCUGCCGCGACGGAGUUUCUUCAUCCAACAUUUACUACGAAGAUCUCGUUGCUUGCAUCAGUAGCCUAUUACAUGCGUCAUUGGGAUGUGAUACCUCUGUCGGAGAAUCAACUGUUUCUUGCAGUCGCGGCGAUAUUUGUUUACCUCAGAGUUACCAUGAUACUUUUGGGCCUGAAAGAUCCAUUCUCGCCUUUCGAAAAUGUGUUGUGCACGGUACUUUUCGGUGGCACUGUGGAUGCUUUGCGCAAUGCCGUCCAACGUAGCCGGGCUGCCAAAACUGCUGCUGCCACCUCAACUUCCUCCAGCGUGCCCUCUAGCCCUUCGUUUCCAGUAUCCACUGGACCGUUUGGCACACCGUCAACAGGCUCACCUGGAUCUACUCCUGCCACCGGAACUGCAACCACAACACUGAAUGGACAAGGCAGUGUACGAGACACCGUACCCAGACAACCGUCGGAUAAAAAACGGGACUGAUUUUUCGUUGCAUCUACGACGCGUCACCCUGAAUAGAUACCUCCCGUUUUCAACGUGUUAUUCCUAUCCCAUUCACGCACACAGUUUUCAUCUUCUUCGACCGGCUGUUCAGAGUGAUAUGUAACUCACAUCUCUCGUCGAUUGUUCCAUUGGGAACCCAAAAGAUCUGUAUAACACGCUUACCUUUUGAGUUUGUGUGUUCCACUUUCAGGAUGUUAGGUCCCUCGACUGCAUUUGUUUUCAUUUUUGUUUCGCCACCCACCACAUCGUGUUUCCUUGUUGACCAAUCUACCUAGACACCCACUGCAUUUCGAACGGAAGACUUUCACGUACAUCUUGUGUGAGCCACUUUCUUCUGCUUUUUAGUAGUGAUCUAUUUCUUUUUCGGAAUGCUUGUUAAUUCGUAAGCAGUAGAAGUCAAUCAUUUAUACCCGGCUAGUGGCUGACUGAUAUUCAGGAAUUUCUUUGUGUUGAAAGGCGACGGAGAUUUUGGAUCAGCGAUCGCGCACCGACCAGUUUUAAUUCGUUUCAUUUGAUUAAGGCGCCAACUUUUACCGUAUUAUUCAAGACUAGGGUCAUAAUUUUUUAGCGUGACAGAAGCACCCAGUUAGCAAAUUUUCGUACUCACAUAUGUCUCGAAUGCUGAGAAAACGGGUUUACUAUUCCAGCUAGAGACCAAUCAUGGCCUCAUGUUUGACGGUUACAUCUGUUUUCCGACGACCUUUCUACUUACUGGCCAGUGAGAACAAUGAUCUUGACAGCUAUUUAGUCAUACUCGAUAAAGAUUCUUGGAUGAACUUACCAACGGUUUCCCCAGUUGUAUUUCUACAACGGCAUUUCUUUCGCAUUAGCUUAAUCUCAGCCUUAUUUUGUCAUUAACUCUGAUGGAAGAGCCAGUUUCCCACUGAACAAACACCCUUGGACUUUCUACCCAUAUUAGUCUCCUCAAAGGGGCUUACCUUACAGAAAAUAUUCAUUUCACUUCAAUAAAUGAGAAAAAAU